AUGUUGAAGUGGAAAGUUCCCAAAUUGCCUUCCCUCUCUGUUGUUUCAUAUGCUGACAUAGCUUUUGUCAUCUACACAGGUAUCUUCAGCUUUUACCGUUCUGCAAACCUUGUCGAUAUUACAGCUUGUCAGAUUUAUACAGCGCCACAGAAUCCAAGUGAUGUCUCUGAAGCAGCAGUAAAGAGUAAAGAAAAUACCAUGGGAUCCAGGCCAUUGCUUCACAAGCAAGCAACGAUUGAAGAAGAAGAAGAUGAUGACACAGAGAAGUUUGGACCCAGACAAUUUUUGAGCGCAGACUCUCUGUUGAAGUCCAACCCUCAAGCAUGCUUGAUGAUUAUAUCGAAAUCCUUGGACACAAAGCGCGGUUACAAAAUCCUGAAACCAUUCCUUGAUCGCGGGUUUAAAGUUGUCGCAGUCACACCAGAUGUGCCUUUUUUGGUCAGGAACACGCCCGCUGAAGCUUGGCUCGAAGACAUAAAGAAUGGAAAAUCGGAUCCGGGUGCUGUAUUAUACAAGUACGGAGGAGUUUACAUGGAUACAGAUUUCCUAGUUUUGAAAAAUUUCAAAGGAUUGAGGAAUGCAGUUGGAGUCCAAAUUAUAGACGAAGCCUCUCAGAAUUGGACGUCAGUGAACGGUGCAUUACAGAUCUUCGACAUUUGGCAUCCAAUGUUAUUCCAAUUCAUGAAGGAAUACGCCACAAAUUUUAGCCCACACAUUUGGGGAGAAAAUGGACCGUACUUGGUUUCUAGAGUUAUUAAGAGACUAGGAGCCGGACGCUCACCAGUUUACAACAUUAGUAUUUUGCCCAGAAAGGCGUUUUAUCCAGUAGAUUGGGUUAAUAUAUCAAGGCUGUAUAAGAAGCCCGCGACGGAAGAAGAAUCAAAAUGGGUAGAAGAGACGAUGGCAAAGUUAAGCAGAGAAAGCUAUGCCAUACACCUAUGGAAUCAAGUAUCAAAGCGGAUGGUGACCGAAGAGGGAAGUGUUAUAGAUAGAUUAUAUGCAUCUCACUGUUUGAUUUGUUAUAAAAUCACAUAA